CGGGCGAGCUGGUGAGCAUUGGCCAAUUGGCAGCCCUGGCCCAGCGCCCCGGGGGGGUCACCCCCGGGGGUGGGGGUGGGGGCACCCCAGGAGGAGGGGGUGGGGGUGGGGGGGCCAAGCCCCUCACCCUCCAGCUCCAAGGCAGCAAAUUGACCCUGGCGGCCCCCCCACUGCGACACUUGGCGCUGGCCGCCCCCCCCCGCGGCCUCCCACGUAACGUGGUUCACCUGGUGGCCGCUGGGGGGCAGAGCCCCCUCCUGGGCCCCCCCGCCCAGGUCACGCUCCUGGCGCCCGUCGCCCCUCCCCCGCCCCCCAGCGGGGGGGCCCCCCCCGGGAACCCCCCCCAGGGCCCCCCCACCCUGGGGCUCCCCAUCGCCACCGCGCAAGUGCCGGCGCCGUUGGUGAACAGCGGGGGGGUGGUGAAGAUCGUGGUGCGCCCCGCCCCCACCCCUGCCCCACCCCCGCCCCCCCCCCGCGACGGCCUCAGCGCCCCUCCCCCACCCCCUGCCCCACCCCCCCGGCCCCUGCUCCGGGUGCUGCCCGCCGGGACCGAGCUCGUGGCCCCUAUGUGUUCCCCCAGCCCCUAUGGGUGCCCCUAA